CACCUGUGAUUCAGGAUGCUUGUGGUUGGGUGGGAAUGAGCGGGAUAUUUGAAUUGUUUCGGUUUGCUAUUUGCAGAUUAUGACUUUAAAUUCUUGGAUUUUGAACUUAUUGGGCCUAGCUAACGUUAGAGGACAGGGUGUUGAUUUUACAGUAUAUCAUCCGACGGCAUGUAUAGUAGGCCUAAUGAUGGCGAGAUGAAGAUUCGGUUCGUUAGGCGUCGAAGCCCUGAAGCCUGGUUAGGAGCUCAUUGUAGACUGCUGAGAUCUAGGGGGCAGAUUCUGUGUAGCAAACAGAUUCCAAGUUGUAUCGAAUUUAUCAUGUCAGCAGUAUAGCACAGGGCUAUAGUUUAUUAUAUGGUUUAUGUUGUAAAUAAGGUCAGAAUUUACCAUUUGGGGUUAUAAUAUUUAUCUAUCUGGUCUAUUUAUAGAUAUAGAUAGGCCUAUGCAGCCUGUCUAUAGGUUUGAGGGCAGUAAAAUGUUUAGCUUACAUGGGAAAGAGGAAAGGGAAAUUUAUUUAUUUAUUUGUUUGAAGUGUUUUUUAUAUGCAGUUCUGUUUUAUGCCGUGCCAAGAGUUUAGUCAGACACGAUUCAAAAACUCCGCAUGGCAUCAACCAGACGCUCAGUACGUUACGUAACGUAACGUAACACACUGGCAGAGUUGGCACCGUCCGCAAACCAAUCAACUACAGCCACGAAAGGUUCAGGAACCCGGGGAUUCGCGUGUCAUCGAUCACGUGAUUCUCAAACCCACCCGAACCACACUUCGGAGCCUCGGUGUCAUGGAUAACGUGAACUGAACUAGCGAAGAGAUCACUUCCUCAUUUGAGCUGGAAACGAGCACAUGAAGUUCAUCGUCAUGGCUGCUGGAGCUCAGUGCCCAUACAAGAGUGUGCACUUCUCCAAAGCUUUGAAGAAAAGAAGAAGAUGUAGGCAGAUCAUAUAUGAUCCUGUUGCUUUAUGUUAAAGGCUGUGGGUGGAGUACUUAAAUAACUCAAAAUGAGUCAGGAGGAGCCAGAAAAUCAAGGGACGGGAGUCGCUGACGUCUUUGAUAUAUUAGUUAAAACACCUCAUGAGAAACUGCUAAGCCUAACAUACAAGCUGGGUGAGUCGCCUGAAGAAAAAAUCAUAGAGGCCUUGUGUCUGAUCGUUCUCCAGAAGGCACAGGCCCUUGACAAACUCCAGAGGCUGAGGGACAACUGUCUCGCUAAUCAUCUGACUGAAAACUAUCACAUCACUGGUGGUAAAUUAAAGGAUUUUGGAGAUAAUUGUGUUCAUCUUCAGGAGUUAACAGGAGAAUCGUUGGCAGUAUUGGCUCGAAUUUUUAAAGUGUUGUCUGAGAAGAAGAUGUGUGAUCCCCUUCUGAGAGAUCUGGCAUAUCAGAGAGCUCUUUCCAAUGACAGCAAACAAACAAGUGGUUGUGAGGAUCUGAAAUAUGACCAACUGAGAGAGGAAGCUAAAGAUGUUUGUGGGUCUCAGUUUGCAGAAUUGGUGUUCUCUCCAAAAGACCUCAAGUCAGGGUAUUAUUCCAAUCCUCACAGAAGCCUGGAUGAAGGAAGCCCAGCUUUAGGUGUUACUCUGUCUCAGGAUCAGUUGGAGCAGGCAAACUCCUCAGUGCCCUCAUACCCUACUCAUCUAGAGAUAAGCAUGCCUCCAACAGUCUGUUUUCCAGGGGACAACUUAAUUCCAGAAACGUCAGAUGAAACCGAAGUGAACACCCCCACCCCCCUUGUUGGUAAUAUUGAAGCAAAAAAUGCACCUGGACAGUCUAGUGAGUCAUUUGAGGAGCCUCAGUUUAAAUCCAAUGAACCUGCAGUGAUUGAAACAAAAAGAGACUCAACGAUGGAUGAGGCAGACUGCAUGAAGUUGGUCAGUCAUACCACUCAGCCCGAGACUUCAGACCAAACCACUGAACCAAAAUCUGCACCACCAAACACUCUUCUGCCUAACAUGCCUGUUCCAAAUGAAAUGCAUGAAAGUAAAGGUGCAGAGGAGGAGGAGGAGGAAGAGGCGAUAUUUUAUGCAUUUGUUAUCCUGCAUGCACCCGAGGACGCAGAUUUGGCCGGAAUCAUGAGGCUAAAACUAGAAAUGGUCACUGGUUGUAACGGUGUAACUUUCUCUGAAGAAUUUGCCAUCCCUGGGAGGACCGCUCUGAGCUGCGUGGAGGAUGCUGUCAAUAACUCGGCCUUUAUCUUCCUGCUGCUUACCCACAACUUCAAAACUCGCAUGCAGCAGAUAGAAGCUGAAUCUGCCCUUAUGAACUCCAUAAACAAGGAGCACAAAUUCAACACUGUUAUCCCGCUGCUGCCACGGGAGAACGGCAUGCCCAGACACAGCAUUUCUUUGGUUCUGCAGGCCAUAGUUCCACUUGAGGAUGACGGGAACUUUGAGAGAAAAAUACGAAGGGUACUGUCUCCAUUAAAAAUUCAAAAGCAAAAGGAAAUCUGGACUCGGGAGCAGAGAUUGAAAAGCCUGACUAAGAGACAGAACAGUCAAAAGCAAAUGAUCCAAGAACAUAAAGCCUGCAGGGAGAGGGUGAACCUAAGGGUGUGUGAUGGCAGGGCCUUUUGUCAGCCACAACCAAGCAUUCAUAUUCAAAAUGCUAAAUACAUUAUGAUUGGUGAUAGCUCUCAAAUGACUGUGGAUUUGGGUGGAGGUGCAGACAAAGGAAAAAAGGAUGUUUCACUUCAAAGAAAAGAAGAGCAGUGACCUUUUCUGGGGUCACUUUAUGUGCAGAAAAUUCAAGAAAUAAUGUUUUCUGAGCACUGAAAUGUCACAGCUGUGACACUACAGGGUAUUCAUUGCAUAUUGAUUUAUUGUUUUAAUCUUUUCGUGCAAGAUGAUAAGCUGUUAAAUGCGGAAUUAAGUCACAUCUGAAUAAUAUGAGAAAAAGCUGGAAAGAUGAGGUAUAUUGAGCAGAAAAGGGAAUUUUUACAUAUGUAGAAUAAGACUGCCAUCUACUGGCCGAUGUGUGAUGCAUAUCUCUAAUUUCUUCAGUUGUAUGAACAAACUGUAGGCACCAGGGAGCAAUGCUGGUACAUGCUGCUUGUUGCCCUUCACAGGAUCUUAUGAAGUGCAGGUCGAUCUAACAGCAUGAGCAAGCUUUUCAAAUAGAAUAAAAUCUUGAUUUCAUUUUCCACAUUGUUCAAAGUGUUCUUAUAUAGAAGGCUGCACAGAGGUUUAUGGGAUUGUUUGGUGGUAUAGUUCGGCUAUUUUGUUAAAACAGUAACUGUCAAACUUCGGUUUGGUGAUCAGAUUAAGCUUCUAGCAGCUGGAAAGAUCUCCAUAAUAAGCUCCUUUAUGUCACUUAAUUUGGACUAAUGUCAUUUUUCCAUCUCAGUGAUAGCUCUCUUUCCUUUCCGUGCAGAUUUGCAGUCAUCCAGGUCAUAGUAAGCUGAAAAAAACUUAAAAAUACCCCCGACUC